AUGGAGAUGAGUUUGAGACUGUCAGAGGCCUCUGUGGAGGAUGAAUGUACACAUCCAGGCUCAUCUGAAGAUAUGUCGAUACGUUGUGGGCAAAAUUUGGAUGGGGAAUAUGGCGUAACAUUUGGAUACAUACAUAAGGGACUGAGAAUUAAUGAUGAGGAAAUUUCAACAUUGCGCAAUACAAACAUGAAGAACCUGUUAAGUCGUAAAAAGCUUUACUUGGUUCUUGACCUAGAUAACACAUUGCUUAAUUCCACUUUCGUUUUUUUAUUGAGGUCAGAAGAGUUGCAUUUGCUUACCCAGACAGAUUCUCUAGAUGAUGUCUCCAAUGGUAGUCUCUUCAAAUUCAGCAAUCUGCCUAAGUUGACUAAACAUCAGCCUUUUGUCCGGACAUUUCUAAAAGAAGUAAAUAAAAUGUUUGAAAUGUACAUAUACACCCUGGGUGGUCGGGAGUAUGCGCGAGAUGUUGUUAAGAUGCUUGAUCCUCUAGGAGAAUACUUCAAUGGUAAGGUGAUUUCUCAAGCUGAUGGGACUGAAACAGAACAGAAGAGUCUUGAUGUUGUGCCAGGGCAUGAAAGUGCUAUCCUAAUUCUUGAUGACACAAAACAUGUAUGGAUGAAGCAUACAGAUAAUUUGAUACAGAUAGAAAAAUACCUUUUUUUUGCUGCUAGUUGUUGGGCGUAUCGUUUAGAACGCAAAUCCCUAGCUGAAUUGAAGACUGAUGAAAAUGAAACUGAUGGAGCACUUGCAAGAACUCUCGAUGUGCUCAAGAGAGUUCACAGCACAUUCUUUGAUAAACUUGAAGGAGAUCUUGUUGACCGAGAUGUAAGGAAGGUUUUGAAAACAGUUCUAAGUGAAUCUUAAGCGGAUUUAACUGCAUUACACAGCGAAAGAGAGG